AUGCUUCUAUUCGUCAUAUCCCACAGUGUGAACGCGAGCCCAUUACAGUUCUAUCGGCAUGGAAUCUCACAUCCAUGGAAAGUAUUCUGUCCACCGCUACAUUUAAAUCAUGGUGUUCUAAUUGUUGGCUAUGGCGAAGAAGCAAAUAAACCGUAUUGGAUUAUUAAGAAUAGCUGGGGUACAAAAUGGGGUGAAAACGGAUAUUAUCGAUUAUAUCGGGGCAAAAACGUUUGCGGUGUGAAGGAGAUGGCCACAACUGCUAUUGUUCUGUGA